GCUCUGAUCUACACACUCCAGGCCUCGCGCGUUGCAUCGGGAUUGGCACUCGCUGCUGCUACUCCUCGACUAUAUACCUGCAUCUGCAGUUCGCGACCAAUGGCCCCUGGCCUUGUGAAAUGUGUGUGUGUGUGUGUGUGUGUGUGUGUCACACACGGUGCUGCAGUUCAUAUGCAUGUAUGUGUAUGCUGCAGUGGUGGACCGAAGCACCGCUGUUUAGUGGACUCGUCGAUGACACGGUGAAUAUAACGAGCAGGUUCGGCUUGAAGAGGCUUCAUUUGCUUCUGAUGACUUUUUGAUACUUGUUGUCGGGGGCGAUGGCAAAAUUUCUCGUGGUUGCCUGCUGGUUACGACUAUGGUUUUGGCACUGCUACAUUGGUCUGUUGCUCAUCGAUUGGUAUAUAUACCUAGAGGUGUAAGUGUUGAUUUUAAAGAUUGCCCUCUGACGUUUCGGUAAGCAUCGCCAAUUAAAAUUUGAUAGAUUAUAAAUAAUUACGCAACAAUACUUAGAGGAAAGACUUAAUAAGUAGAAACGAUUGCACUUUAACCUUGUAAUGGAACUCUUACUUUUGAAGACAAUUCUCAGAUAUUCCUUGAAAUAAACUCUCCAACGCUCAAUUCAUCGACUUGUUAGUUUUACACAGAAAUCGAGAGCAAUAUGUCCGCAAAAGGACGGAUGCCUCUGAUUUUGAUUGGUUGCUCGCCAAAUUCAGUGGAAGCAAUUAGAUAAACGAACUCCUCGUCUCGGAUUUCGAAUCAAUUCAUACAUUGGCGACAAACUGAUUCCUAGUAAACUGUGUUGCCCCUUAUAUUCAAAAUAUCAAAUUUCGCAGAUGAAGCAUUAAAUUCGAGCACUACUAACGGCAAAAUAAUCAAGCUUGUAUAGUAGAUAAUAAAAAAAACAAAAUUCACCAAUACCAUUCGUUCAAUAACCAUCGGGAUAUAACGAAGAGCCGUGUGUUUAGCUUCAGUUAGGAUAAUUAAAGUAGUCACAGUCAAAAGUCAAAGGGAGUCGAGCCGAGACCCACGUGCGUUUUCGCAAUAGAGCGCGACGGAGAUUGGCCGAGCCAUAUCCAGAGAGUUACCAAUAGCUGCCGAACACUUCAAUUAGGUGGUUAUUAAGCACGGCUGUACUGACAAGGUUACCCACGUGCUUCAUCGACCGGCUAAUUAAAGCAUGCAUGCGUAAGUGCGUAAGUUCGUCCACUAUGGCGUGUGUUAUGGACCCGUAAGAGCCGUGCAUAUCUAUUACGCGAUGAUUAAAUUGUAAGUGGUCAAGGUCCUGAUGUAACGAGUAUGCAUGUCUUGGAAUUGGUGUAACGUUUUUAAAAAUAGAAACGUGAAAAUUUGAGGAAUUGAAUCGCUCUUAAAUCGUAUAAACAAUGUAUCAAAUAAUUUUAUAGUGAGCCGGAAAACUGUUACAUAAUUGACAAUAUGACUUGAUGUAAAAUAUUAGUCGUGCUAUUCUGACACACCAGAUGUUCGUGUGAACUGUGUAUCACUGUGCAUAUGAAAAAUGCGUGUGCGCAAAACGCAUAAAGAGCUUUAGAAUGGUAUCGUAUACUUGACGCAAAUAAUAAGAUGGAUGUUCUCUUUGUUAAUGUAUAUAUGCCAGUACGCACAGCUAGUUUUUCAUCAGUUUGAUCCCGUUUAAUUUCCCGGGAAGAAUAAUCGAGACGAAAGAUGAUUUUAAAGACCGCUAUUUUCCUGGCUUGCAGUACUGCGGCUCUGGGCUUUACCAUUGAUUCCAGAAUUAAAAGACAAGACGAUGAUUCUACAGGUCCAUUAUCAAAUAGCCGUAGGGGCUUGGGCGAUACUAUAAUCAGUUCUGCAAUCGAUGCUGGAGGCAGUCUUGCAUCAACAGGAUUGGAGGUGGCCGGUGAUGUUGCGAGCAAAGGUAUCGACAGCCUCAUACACGCGGGCAGUGAUACUGUCCAACAUGGCAUCGAUUCUGCCAUCAACGGUGGAACCGAUCUUGCCAAGGAUCUCGCAUCAAAAGGAGUGGCGGAUAAUUUUGGUAAAGGUAUUAAUAAUGCCAUACUCGCUGGCAGUGAUGCUGUUCAAGGCGGCAUUGCCAAAGCCAUCAACGCUGGAAUCGAUCUUGCGGCAAUGGGAGUAGAAACUGUUGGUGCAAUCGGAAGCAGGGUUCAAACAGCUUUCAACGAAACCUACCAAGACGAGAAGAACUCCGUGGGAACCAGCUUCACUUCGGUGAAGGAUCUGAUCCAUCAAAAUAUCGAGACAGAGGCUAACGUGGCGAAGACUAUCUUCGACUUGGGUACUAUUAUUCCGAAAUUUGGAAAAAACUUGAUUUUAGGCUAAUAAUAUUGUAACGAUCACCUUGAAAAAUGGUAUAACGACUAAGUAAAAAAAAACUUUAACAUGCCUAGAAAGUA